GCUGAGAGGAGCUGACGGAGCAUUAAUGAGAUACUGGCCGGUUAGAGUUACAGGGAUGCAGUUUUAGCCAUAUUCCACCACUGUUUUCAGGCUUCAUCUGCGGACUCGAAAGCGCUAAAACUGGGACAGUUUUUCCAAUUUAAAACAAACUUGGGUGGAUUAAUUUCUUUUUAAAUAUGGGCUUGGAACGAUUUCGCGUAAAGACGCCGGGGAUUGUUGCCCUUCUCGCCCGCUCUCUCCUUUGUAUCAGCGGGCUGUUUCUCACUUUUUCUCCGCCUGUCUGCAAGGCGUUCAACUUGGACGUGGAGAACCCAGCUGUUUACAGCGGACCUAACGGGAGCUACUUCGGAUAUGCUGUUGACUUUUAUUUGGCCGAUUCUGCCAGUGUCAGUGUGGUGAUAGGAGCUCCAAAGGCCAGCACAAAGCAGGUUAACGUUACAGAGGGAGGAGCUGUCUUCUACUGUCCAUGGAGCCUCAGCCAAUCAGAUUGUCACACCAUCGAGUUUGAUCCUGAAGGAGAUCGAACUGUCUUGCUCAAUGACACAGAACAUCAGGUUGACUUCAAGUCCCGUCAAUGGUUCGGCGCCACUGUGCGUUCUCACGGUGACACAAUUCUGGCUUGUGCACCUCUCUACUCCUGGCGGACUCAAAAGGAUGUCCCCCAAUCUGACGCGACAGGAACCUGCUACCUCUCAGUCCAGAAUUUUACCAAAUUUGUGGAGUAUGCUCCCUGUCGCACAGAGAUCAGUGAUGCGGUGGGACAAGGCUACUGUCAGGGAGGAUUCAGUGCUGACUUCACAACGGAUGGAAAAGUGGUACUGGGAGGGCCGGGCAGCUACUUUUGGCAAGGUCAGGUGAUCUCUGCAGCUAAGGAGGACAUUAUUAAAGCGUACUACCCAGGCUAUUUCAUGCAGUAUGUGAAGGGACAGAUCCAGACCAGACAGGAGAUGGCUGUGCAUGAUGACAGCUAUCAAGGCUACUCUAUCGCUGUUGGAGAAUUCAGUGGUGAUCAGGUGGAAGAUUUUGUGACGGGGGUUCCAAAAGGACUGAAGCUUUACGGUUCGGUGUAUGUUCUGAACGGUACAGAUCUGAAGACCAUUAUCAACUACACUGGUGAACAGAUGGGAUCAUAUUUUGGAUAUGCAGUGGCAACGACUGACAUCAACAGUGACGGGAUGACUGAUCUGCUGGUGGGAGCUCCCAUGUUCAUGGUCCGGGGCUCCGAUGGCCGUCUGGAAGAGAUGGGCCGUGUCUAUGUUUACAUACAGCGUGGCCCCCUGAACCUGGAGCUCCGCCUACCUCACCUGACAGGCACACAGGUGUUUGGGAGAUUUGGAAACACUAUUGCACCAUUGGGAGAUCUGAACCAGGAUGGUUUCAAUGAUGUAGCUAUCAGCUGUCCAUUUGGAGGUGAGGACCGGCAGGGACUGGUCUACAUCUAUAAUGGAUACUCAGAAGGACUCAGGGAAAAACCAUCUCAGGUGAUCGCUGGCCAGUGGGCUGCUGGGGCUUUUCCUGCCAGCUUCGGAUUUGCCCUCAGAGGCGCUCAGGACCUGGACAUGAAUGGAUACCCAGAUCUCAUUGUUGGUGCCUUCGGUGUUAAUAAGGCAGUUCUCUACAGGUCCCGUCCAAUAGUCAACACCAGUGCUUCCCUGACAGUUUACCCCACCAUGAUUAACCCCGAAGAGAAAAACUGCAUGAUCAUCAAUGGAAACAGCAGCAUUCCUGUUUCCUGUGUCAACCUGAGUUUCUGCAUAUCUGCUGAUGGGAAGCACCUACCAGACAUCCUAGAUUUCCAGGUGGAGGUGCAGCUCGAUAGUAAUAAGCACAAGCAGAAAGGUGCAGUGAGGAGGGCUCUGUUCUUGGAUUCCCAGCAGCCCUCUCUGCAGAGGAGCGUGAGGGUGCGCCAUGGAGAGCGUGUAUGCGACAACACCAAGAUCUACCUAAGAGAGGAGAAAGACUUCAGGGAUAAACUCUCCUCCAUCUAUGUGGCCUUGAACUUCAGCUUGGAUCCAGAAGCUGCUGCUGACUCCCACGGCUUGCGGCCCAUUCUCAACUAUCAGACCACCAACGUCAUUGAACAGAAGGCUCAGAUUCUGUUGGACUGUGGAGAGGAUAACAUCUGCGUUCCUGACCUGAAGCUGGCAGUUCAUGGGAACAGGAAGGAAGUCUACCUGGGUGAUGACAACUCACUGACCUUGACUUUCAACGCCAGGAAUGAGGGAGAGGGAGGGGCGUACGAGGCCGAGCUGUAUGUGGUGCUGCCACCUGAAGCUGACUACAGCGGGAUUGCCCGCAAUAAUGAGAGCCUGACCCAGCUGACCUGCAGCUACGAGACAGAGAACCAAACCCGAUACCUCAGCUGCGAUCUGGGCAACCCGAUGAAGUCUGGCACCAAUCUGUGGGCAGGACUGCGCUUCACAGUGCCACGGCUGAAGGACACGCACAAAACUGUUCAGUUUGAGCUGCAGAUUCGCAGUAAAAAUGAGAAUAAUUCCCACAGUGAGGUUGUGCCCUACAAGCUGGAGGUGGUUGUUCAGGCUGAAGUCAUUCUACAGGGGGUGUCUCGACCAGAUAAGGUUUUCUUCCCACCGGCCAACUGGAAGGUGACCAAAAACCUUGGGGUGGAGCAGGACGUAGGGCCUGCAGUGGAACACAUCUAUGAGCUGGUGAACAACGGGCCCAGCCGGAUCAGCCACACCCUACUUGAGCUGCGCUGCCCCCUCAAGGUCCAGGAUCAAAAUCUCCUUUACCCUCUGGAGUUCUCCAUAGAAGGCCCCAUCAACUGCACCUCCGACAAAAACAUGAACCACCUGAACCUCAAGCUCCAGAAAACAUCCACAGAACCACCGAUCCUGGCACUGAAGGCUCAUGAGCACCGCGUUGAGAGGAGGGACGUCCACAGGAAUCCACUCGCUCAUUUGACCAAUCUGUCCUGCUCUAAUACGGACUGUUGGGCGCUGCAGUGCACUGUGGGUUUGCUGGAGAAGGGGACAACUGCUAUCCUCAAAGUGCGCUCACGCAUCUGGGCCGAGACCUUCACUGAGAGAGCUUACAAGCAGUAUGUGAUAGAGUGCCUGGCCAGAUACAGCGUGGAGAAAAUGCCUUACGCCAUACUCCCCAAACAUUCUCCCAGUGGACACAAAAAGGUGGUGACCCCAGUAGUGUGGAAUAAGCCAGAUAUUGAGAACUCAGUUCCUCUGUGGAUCAUCAUCUUGGCCAUUCUAGCUGGUUUAUUGCUUCUAGCUCUUCUCAUCUAUGUCCUAUAUAAGUUUGGCUUCUUCAAGCGAUCUCUACCUUACGGCACCGCCAUGGAGAAGGCUCAACUCAAACCACAGGCCGCCUCUGAGGCUUAAAUAAUGACCGGAGCUACCAGAACCAAAGUACCUGGCCAUAUGAUUGCAAACGGAGAAACACAAUGGAACAUGUAGAAAGGAUCGAAAGCAGUUGAAGAGUUAAUGGAAAGAGAGACCACUGGAACUCCACUGUGCUGCACUAGAGGAAGACAAGAAUCCAAAGAUCUCCAAGCCAAAUGAAUGUUGUUGUUUUUUUCUUUUUUUAAUUUAUGUAUUUUUUUGUUGGCAGUUUGGGAUUGUUACUAAAAAGAACUUUUUUUGCCUCAAGCCUUACAUUAGACUGAAAACAAGAAAGUGACUACAAAAGAUGUGCAGGCUGUCUUUAACCUCCAGCGAGAUGCCUGAUGGGUUUCCUUUUGUGGAUUCUUGCGAUGGAUAGUUCUGUAAUCCCCCUUUAACUGCCUUAUCUUGGUGCUAAUGAUCUCACAGGAUGUGGCCACAUGUAGCUUAUGGCAGCCAGGAGCUGUGAAUUUCGCUGCCUGCUCAGGCCUGAAAGUAUUUUUUUUUCCUGAAUACAUUAUUGAUAGAAGAUUGGUCAAUUACUGGCUUAGAUGUUGAAGCAAAAUCUGUUUUAAUAGCUCUGCUUUUAUCACAACAUUUAUAGUUUUAUGUAAUUUAUGCCCUGAGGUGUUUCCCUGAUUCUUGCCUAAUGCAUGCUGGGAUUUGCUCCGGCACCCUGCAACCCUGAUCAGGAUAAGCAGGCAUAAAAAAUGGGUGGAUGGAUGUUACUUAACUGUUCAUGAAAAUGAUCUCUCUCUGCCUCAGGUUGAUGGACAGCGCUGGGUUGAGUUGUUUUUGCACUCAAAGGAAAUCUACUGAUAUAAUUCCAGAGACACCAAAGACUGACUGACCUUCCUUUGAGUUCUGACUCCUACUGAUCACUUUGUUUAAAUCCUGUUUGUUCAUAUUAAGAGAUACCAAUGCUAGCAUCAUCAUUGUUGUGUAGUCGACUGGGAUGGGACUGGAACCACCGCAGACCUGUGAAACCUCACAUUAGGCUUGAAACAGUGUGGUGCUCCUGUUACAAAAAAGUGGCGUUCUCCAUAUCCAUGUGUUGCUGCCUUUACUCCGGCUCAGUUUGAGUCUUGUGUGAGCAGGUUCGGUGAAACCACAGAGUUGAUGGCCGUGGCCUGACGAUGUCUUGAACCAAAGACGUGACAAUCAGCAAUGUUGUAGCUUUGACAGAGAGUUUUAGUCUGAGAGCAGGUGGGAUCAUUCACCACUCUCUGAGUGUGAAGGAUCCAUUUUCAGCUUACAGUGUGUGUUACUGUGAGAUACUGUAUUUUUGAUUGUCUUUUGAGUAAAAGGUGCCCACGUUUAGAAAGAGAAGUGGCUCAAGUCAUCCCAAUACCAAAAGGCUACAGGGACUGAACAUUAAAAUGCUUUGUGUUGGUUUCUUUUACAUGUCAUGUACAUAGAUUUUAUGUGCCUUAAAUGUAAAUACUUCAUGUUUGUGGGUUAGAGUUAGGGUUGUGUAUGCUUGCAUGCAUAUAUGUGUGUGACUUCAUGCAUACAUGCAUUUGUAUGAAUGGUAUAUUUAUGAAUGUUUGUUUUGUGUAUGAAUUGGUUAUUACCUUUCCCAUUGCUUAGGCCUGUUUAUCCCUAUCACUUAUGUAGCUUAUUGAUGUUAAACGGACACUUAAUCCCAAAGUCAAAAAUAGAUAUUUUCCCUCUUAGCUGUAGUGAUAUUUAUCAAUCUAGAUUGUUUUGGUGUGAGUUGCUGAGAUAUUGGCCAAAUAAAUGUCUGCCUUCUCUUGAAUGUAAUCGAACUAGAUGGCUGGAAAGAGAAAUUGCUGUUGAGUUUUUUCAAAUGCAUUUUUGGCGCUUUCAGCUCCACAAGCGAAGUGCAAUUUAGUUUCAUUAUAUUCAAGAGAAGGCAGACAUCUCAUCAACACUCUGCACACCAAAACAAUCUAGAUUGAUAAAUAGCACUACAGGUCAGAGGAAAAUGUGCAAUUUUGAGUUUUGGGUAAACUGUCCCUUUAAGUCAUUCUGCAUCAUUAUUAGUCAUAAAUACAGUCAGUGUUCAGGAACACUCACAACCUCAUUGUAAAUCCCAAAAAAUGACUGCAAAUCUACCGUCCAGAUCCUACAGGGUGUCUUGUACCUCUAAAAAAGGGAUAACAAACUAGGCACUGGGAACUAAAUGUUGUUUGCAAGUGCAAUAUUUAUAUUCACUCUUUUUAAUAUUACAGUGCUUUCUUUUGGUUGAUGUUCUCUGUGACUAAGUUGUGAUAAACCAGGACUUUUUUUAUUAGAUCAAAGUGUGUGAUUGAGCAGAGGUUCUGGCUUUUCACUUUCACUUGCUUUCUCACUAAACAUACUUCAAGUGUGAAACUUUUUUUUUCUGAUGUACUCACCACUUCAUCGCUGGACCACUAUUCAGAUUUUUUUUUUACACCACAGACUGACACAGAAGAACAGAACAUAUCUGAGUUGAACUCGGAUAUGUUGAGAAAGUUUGAUAAUUUAUGUGUUCUGCUGUUGCACCUGUCUAAACACCAACAAUAUACUAACCACAUGUUUUACAUUUGUUUGCUUCAUCACACUCGUUUCAUAUGUUCCUCUUACUGGCUAGCGAUUUACAAUUUGUCAAAUGGUCCACAAAAUCCCCAUAUGGUAUCUGACUUAAAACAUUUAACAUCGUCUGUUCUUCAUUGAACAUGUCAGCCCAUUAUUUAUAAUGAAAUUAUAUCAUUUUGUUACUUUCUCCAUGGUUACAUCAGAAGAAGGCACUGGGUUUUUCUUCCUUUUUUUUAAAGACCAUUUUCACUCUCCAGGACUUCUAAAAAAGAAGUUGUACAUAUUUAUGACAAGGAGAGUAUUUUUAAUUCAAAGGAUAACUGAUUUGUUGUGAAUUUUUCUCACCCCAUAUUGGGGAGAACAUUUCUGUCAGGGGAGG